AUGCAAUUGACUCGCGUGCUAGCUAUUAUUGGCGCCGAAUUGGUCUGGGCAGCGGCGACAAGCAGAGCAGAUGCCGCCCCUGUGAAAUCCGGCAUCCAGGUGCUUCUGGAGAACGCGAAAGAGCUGAAGUCGCUGCAAAACAACCACGGCGUAGGAAUUGUGACAAACCCGACUGGCUCACUCCCGAACCUGAUCAAUGAUGUUUAUGUGCUCCAAUCGGAGAAUGUAACUAUCAAUUCAAUCUUCUCGCCGGAGCAAGGGUUCAAUGGCGCUCAACAAGCGGGGAGCUCGAGCGGCGGUUAUAUAGAUCCCCAGAGUGGCGUCCCUGUUCAGACGCUGUAUGCGCUGACGCCACAACAAAUGCUGGCUAGCUUUCGGAACCAGAGUGUCGACACCAUUUUGUUUGAUCUCCAGGACGUCGGAGCUCGCUUCUACACCUAUGUUUGGACCAUGGCCUGGAUUAUGGAAGGCAUCGCGGGAACCAACAUCACAUUGAUCGUGCUGGACAGGCCAAACCCGAUCAACGGCGUUGACGUCGAGGGUCCACUGCUGAACAUGAAUUACACCAGCGGUGUUGGACUAUUCCCGAUUCCGCUGCGACACGGCAUGACAACCGGUGAACUGGCGCUCAUGUUCAAUGACAAGUUUAUCCCCAACCACACCGGCGGGCGCAAGGCGAAGGUGGAAGUUGUCUGGAUGGAGGGCUGGACUCGCGACAUGUACUACGAUGACACGGGAUUGCCAUUUAUUUUGCCGUCGGCCAACCUGCCGACUCUCGACAGCGUAAUUGUCUACCCUGGAACAGGCCUGAUCGAAGGAACCAAUAUUUCAGAGGGCCGCGGGACAACGAAACCAUUCCAACUUCUGGGUGCUACGUGGAUCGACUGGCAUCUAGCGCGGGCAAUGCAGUCUGAGAACCUACCUGGCACUGCCUGGCGCGAGGCGGCAUUCAUGCCGGAAUUCGACAAAUACGCGAACCAGACUGCGACAGGUGUUGAAUUAUAUAUCACGGACCGGAGCGUCUUUAGCCCACUCCGCACAACAAUUGCGCUCCUAGUCAACGUUCGAAAAUUGUACCCGAGCAAGUUCGAAUUUAUCCCCGAUGACUUUGACAUUCUGAGCGGCUCAGCUUAUAUUCGCACCGCAAUCGAAGCGGGCAAGAAUACAAACGAGAUUGUCACUGGAUGGCAGGAGGAGUUGCGAUCCUUCAUGCGGCUUCGGACCAAGUAUCUCCAUUACUAA